AUGUCAGCCACGAAAAGAAUCGUCGUCUUCGGCGGCAACGGUUUUCUCGGCUCACGAAUCUGCCGGGCAGCCGUCGCCCGCAACUGGGACGUCACAUCAGUCAGCCGCUCCGGCCGCCCCAACUGGCUCUCCAUCACCUCCUCCUCCGCCCCCCCCAACUGGUCGCACUCGGUGACCUGGGAACGCGGCGACAUCUUCCGGCCCGCGCAAUGGACCUCUCUACUCCACGGCGCCGACUAUGUCGUGCAUAGCCUGGGCAUCCUUCUCGAGGCCGACUACAAGGGCGUCAUCUCAGGCCAGGAGUCGCCCUUCUCGGGUCUGAGGCGGGCGUUCGGUCCCGCGCCGGGGGCGGCGAACGAGCCGGCGAAUCCGUUGGAGAGGGUGAGGAGGUUUGAGGAAGGGGAAAAGGGGGGGAGGGGGGAGGGGGGAAAGGGGGCGCCGCAGUUGACGUAUGAGAUGAUGAAUCGGGAUAGUACGAUUUUGUUGGCGAAGGAGGCGGCUAAGGCGGGGGUCGGGGCGUUUGGGUUUGUGUCGGCGGCUGCGGGGGCGCCGGUGCUGCCGGCGCGGUAUUUGAGUACGAAGAGGGAGGCCGAGGCGGUGGUGGAGAGGGAGUUCCCUGGGAUGAGGGGGGUGUUUUUUAGGCCGCCGUUUAUGUACGACAAGUCGAGGGGGGUUACGAUGGGGGUGGCGGCGAUGGCGACGGCGGGGUCCCCGCUGAAGGUGGACGCUGUGGCGGAUGCUGUGGUGGAGGCGUUGGCGGAUGAGAGCGUGAAAGGGCCGGUGGAGGUGCCGCAGCUGGAGCAGUUGGCGGAGAAGGCGUGGAGGAAGACGAUGCUUUAA